UCAUUCAAACGGCUAUAGGGAUGAGUCUUUGCGAUUGGAGGUUGUGGCUUCUUCGUUGGAAGAAUGGCGCCAAACCUAGGGCUUCUACCUGUUGUGCUCCUCCGGCUUCCCUCGAUCUUGGAAGGCGGCAUUUGAUUGCCCUGGGAGUUUCCCUCGGAUUGUCUGCGCAGAAUGCCGUAGCGAUCGAGCAGCCGAAAUCUCCUCCACCGGCUUCAAAAUCUUCGCAGUUCUACGAGAUCCAGGGAUCUGGUGGCGUCAAGGCUCUGGAUAUCAGGCUUGGCGCUGGAAAAUAUCCCAAUCCUGGAGAUAAGGUUGCAAUCCACUACUAUGGAAGGCUCGCAGCGAAGCAGGGCUGGCGAUUCGAUUCAACGUACGAUCACAAAGACGAGGAUGGGAAUCCAAAGCCAUUUGUUUUCACGAUCGGCUCAAACAAUGUGAUAGCGGGCUUGGAUUCAGCAGUGAGAACAAUGAAGCCUGGGGGAAUUCGUCGUCUCAUCAUUCCACCAUCGCAAGGCUAUCAAAGCACCACACAAGACCCUCUACCUCCAAAUAUCUUCGACAGGCAAAGGCUCUUCACCACCAUCUUUAAUCCCACAAGAGUAGCAAACGGAGAAAGCUCCACGCUUGGAACGCUUGUUUUCGAUGUGGAGCUCGUCAGAGUCACAGAGGAAUAGCUCGAAUCAUCAAACUUCGCACGAGGAACUCAAAAGUCUGGAGAGCAAAACAAACUUCAUUUGGUCAGCCUGGAUUUCUUCAAACCAAAAAUUUUCUCCCCCUCUAAAAACCGUUCGGAUCUUCCCAAAACAAGGAACAACCUUAUGUACUCA